GCGAGGCCGACGCUCGUGGAACACCUGGAAGACUUUGAACUAAAGUGAGGGAAAGGACCGGUGGUGUGGCGGCCGGUGUCUCCUGAUGCUGGCCACAAGGACCACCUUGAACACUUUGUGGUGUGAGUGCGUGUAGAGGGUAGUAAGGGAGUGCCUUGUGUGUGCGGGACCCGGCGAGCAGUGCCACACCCGCCCCCACCACCACCAACACCACCUUAGGCCGGGCUGAACUACCCACUAACGCAGAAGUGAUUUAAACUGCUGCCCCAGAAGCUGAAGUUUCUGAGAAGACGACAAAGGGAGAGGAAAAGUCCCCCGUUAAGAAUGUAAAAGAAGACCCCAAGGUUGAAGCCAGUAAUGAUAAAGAAGAAUCUUUGGAAUCCAAUAAGACAGAAACAAAGAUAGAGUCCACUGAAAAAAAAGAUGAGAAAGAAAAUGAAAAGUCUAAAAGCGAUGCAGACAAAAUUGAAGAAAAGAUGGAGGAGUCGGUAGAAAAAGCAAAAGACGUUGAUAAUGCAGAAAAGUCUGAAGAAACUAGUAAGAAAGAAGAGAAACCUAAGGAAACUGUAGGAAAGACAGACAAAGCAGACUCCGAGGAAAAGGUGGCAGAAAAGACAGACAAGGCAAACGAGGCAGACAAAGCGGACAAGGUGGACACUGAGAAGAUGGAUACAGAAGACACGGCAGAAAAGACAGACGCGACAGAAAAGACCGAUGCAAAAGAAAAGACCGAUGCAAAAGAAAAGACCGAUACAACAGAAAAGACCGAUACAACAGAAAAGACCGAUACAACAGAAAAGACCGAUACAACAGAAAAGACCGACACAACAGAAAAGACCGACGCGACAGAAAAGACCGACGCGACAGAAAAGACCGACGCGACAGAAAAGACCGACGCGACAGAAAAGACCGACGCGACAGACAAAGAGGAAAAGAUGGAUACACUAGACAAGACUGACAAGACCAAGGAGGCUGACAAGACCAAGGAAGCGGAAAAGACCAAGGAAGCGGAAGAGACCAUGGAGGCUGACAAGACCAUGGAGGCUGACAAGACCAAGGAUGCGGAAAAGACCAAGGAUGCGGAAAAGACUAAGGAGGCAGAAAAGACCAAGGAAGCAGAAAAGACCGAAAAGGCAGAGAAGACCGACAAGACAGACUUGGAGGAAAAGAUGGAUACAGAAGACAAGGCUGAAAAGGCUGACGAGACUAAGAAAGCCGAUGAAGCAGAGAAGGCUGACAAGGUUGAAAAAGUCAGCGAGGUUGACAAGGCGGAAAAGUCUGACACGGUGGAAAAGACAGAGAAGGACGAUGCAGCGGAGAAGUCUGGUAAGGCUGAUGCCGACAAGGCAAACACUACGGAGAAGACAGAAGAGUCGAAGGAUGCCAAAAAUAACAGUGAAGACUCUAAGGAAGACAAGACUGCAGAGGAGAAAAGUAUGGAAGUAACAGCCGAGAAGGAAGAAACAAAAGUUGUGUCAAAGAAGGAAGAGAAAGCAGAGCUGCCAAAGGACAAGAAAGAUGAGACUGUGGAGGCCAUGGAGACAAAUGGUGAUGCUGAGCAGGAAGCUGCUAACUCUGCCCUAACGAAUGGACAUAGUGAAGAGACCAAUGGUGUUGCCAAUGGUGACUCUGAGAAGCGCGCGGCAGAGGAAGAUUCUGAUGACGUUAAAGAAGUCUCUCCGCCAAAGAAGGCUAAGAUUUCCGAGUCUGAAACGACGGAAGCUGUUGCCGAGGCCACAGCCUAGUCCUUAGUAUCUCACUGUCCUCUUGUCAUAUUGCUCAUGGAGUAUUCUUUUUUUAUGUAUUGUAUACAACUUUGCUACUCUCUUGUGUGUACUUGGCAUUUUCACUAGCAUCUAAAGUAAUUUUUCCUACCUGUGUACCUGUCAGUUUUUUAGAUUCGUGUAUUUGUAAGAAUGUAUGUGGAAAUGAGGGCGGGCAUUUGAUGUAUGCACCAUGUACAAAUGUAGACAGGUGCAAAUCUCUAGCUUCCAAAAGUCAUUGGCUGGAAAUUAUUUCUGUAGUAUAAUUUUUGCUGUUCAGUGAAGUAAAGUUUUUCAGUGGAAAUUUUUUUAAAACUACUUUAACCAUUUAUGAAUGGUAAUUUAAGGUAUUUCCUAACCAGCUGCCACUUUGCUUGUAAAUUUCCUGUGUUGAGUGGGGUGCAAGAGAUUUUCUAUAGGCUGAACUAAUUAAUAUUUGCUGUGUUAGGUCUAGUAUAGCACCAAUUAGAAGUUUGACCUUUAUUUAUUUUCUAAGUCAUGUUUGUAAGUGUUGGAAUGCAAGUAAGCUCCAUCUCCACACCAUGCAGGGAAGGAUCGAAGCUUUAGUUUUAAUUUGUACACAAGUCAACAUUCCGUUUUGUUAACAUGACCGUUUUUUGAGGUUACUGUGUAACCUGCCUGGCUGAAGUGAGUGAUUUGAAUGGUACGUAGGAUUAUUUUUCAAAUAAAUAACAAAGUUU